GAAUUCACCACGUGCGAAGCUCGCCGCUACUCUUCCGUCACUCAAAGCUCAUCACCCCAUAACAAACCGCCACAUACAAUAUAUACAAAUAUAUAUACACGUAUGCUUGCAUACAUAUGUAGCACCGCUCACCGUUCUAAGCUGGCACCGCCUUUGAGCCGGGGGAGCUCCCGUUUGUAUAUCAAUGAUGAUGGCAAUGGCGGCUCUCUCCGAGAGCGUUCUGCCACCCUCAUUCUCCGGCUCUAACAAAAAGUUUGCAGCAUGAGCACUCCGCCUGUUGAUCAAUCGCCUUCACUAAGCCGUUAGACGUCUGCACUCCGUCCGUUGAUCAUUUGCCUUCUCCAAGUCGUGAAUUGUUGACAGAAGACAAAAGGAAAAGAGCCAUUUCUGGAGAAACAUCAUGGUGAAUGAUAAUCUUUGGACUGAUGGGCUUAUAUGUGCUUUUGAAUUGGUACGAGGAAGACGGAAAAGGAGCCAUACCAAAGGUGGUACGAAAGUCCAGAUAGAGAGACAAGCAGCGAGAGAUGUGCCAAAGAAACAGGAGCCGACGGAUGAACGGAGUACGGUGCUCUCUUCCCUUAUCGAUGGAAGUAAGAUCAAUAGGUUUUCACCUACACGCGGAAAUGAUCCGUUGGAAAGGCAUGACAAUCACAGGGACUGUACCUUGGGCCACCUCGAUGAAAUUCAAGACUUUUCACGGAGCUACUGGGUGCCAAUCGGCUGGGCUAGAAUUUCCGAACUUGUCCAGACAGUGCAAGCAGAUGCUGCCUGGGCCUCACAGCCAAUCAACAUUUCGGAGGAGGAAGAUAACGUCACCGUUGCAGAUGUUGCGACUCCCUACUGGGAGCGACCGGUGGGCCCCACCUGGUGGUGCCAUGUAGCAGCAGAUCAUCCCGUCAUUAACAAAUGGUUGAGUAACGCUCCAUGGCUGCAUCCUGCAAUCAGUGUCGCUCUGCGCGAUGAAACAAGGCUAAUCAGUGAGCGGAUGAAGCAUCUUUUCUACGAGGUCCCUGUGAGAGUCGCAGGUGGACUGUUAUUCGAGCUGUUGGGGCAGUCAGCGGGAGACCCAUAUGCUGAUGAAGAUGACAUACCCAUCGUGCUACGAUCAUGGCACGCUCAGAAUUUUCUGAUUACUUCUUUGCACGUCAAAGGGUCUGCAACGAACAUUAAUGUCUUGGGUAUUGCCGAAGUGCAGGAGAUGCUUGCAGCGGGUGGUUUUAACAUACCACGAAGCAUCCAUGAGGUUAUAGCUCGGUUGGCUUGCCACCUAGCCCGAUGGGAUGAUAGAUUAUUCCGCAAAAAUAUAUUUGGUGCAGCAGAUGAAAUUGAAUUGAUGUUUAUGAACAGGAGAACACAAGAAGAUUUGCAUUUAUUCAGCAUAAUACUAAAUCAGGAAAUCAGAAGGUUGUCAACGCAGGUCAUAAGAGUGAAAUGGUCGCUCCACGCGAGGGAGGAAAUUGUGUUCGAGCUUCUGCAACAUUUGAAAGGAAGCGAGUCGAGGGCCUUGCUGGAAGGUGUAAGAAAGAGCACGAGGGAGAUGAUUGAAGAGCAGGAGGCAGUUCGAGGUCGCCUAUUCACGAUUCAAGAUGUCAUGCAGAGCACAGUCCGUGCAUGGUUACAGGAUAAAAGCCUUACUGUGACGCAUAAUCUCGGAGUCUUUGGGGGUUGCGGGCUUAUCCUCUCCAUAAUUACCGGGCUAUUUGGAAUCAAUGUCGACGGGAUUCCAGGAGCCGAGAAUUCCCCAUCUGCUUUCGCUCUGUUCUCACUGUGUCUCGUGCUCCUAGGAGCCGUAUUAAUUGCAAUCGGACUGGUCUACCUUGGGCUGAAGAAUCCCAUAGUCGAAGAGGACAUGGAGGUCAGGAAGCUCGAGCUCCAAGAGCUGGUGCGCAUGUUCCAGCAGGAAGCAGAAUCUCACGCCCAAGUCCGCAAGACCAUCGGACGGAACAACAUUCCCCCAACCAGCGCAGAUGUCUUCCUGGGGAAUGCAGGCUACGUUUUUAUCAGUUAAGUGCCUCGAACCGAAGUAACCAAGGCAAACUUUUACUGGCAUUUGAAGUGCCCACCUAUGAUCAGAAAAUUCUUGUCAGGCUACCUCGACGUGCAAAGAAGUCAUCAGAAAAUUUUGAGCAUGCCGUGAUCGUAGACUGUUAUUUAUGUCAUCUUUCAUUGACAUAUGGGUCUCCAGCUGACUGCUCCAACAGCUCGAAUAACAGUCCAACUCUCACGGAACCUGUCGACUGUAGGACAAAUUCCACGUGUUCUUAAACUUAUUUUGGACAGAUUAUUGUAGCCAUUGGAACCAUCAUUUUGUGAGAAUCGGGGCAAAUCAAUAUAAAUGGGUUAUAUGAA